AUGUCGUCGCUUCGCCUCAACCGCGCCACAGCCGGGUCGUCGUCCGGCCUCGCCCCACCCGCAGCGUCAUCCUCGUCCUCAUCCUCAUCCGCGUCAUCGUCCUCCUCGGCGGCUGCGGCUGCGGCUGCUGGUGGCGCGUCCGACGUGGCUGGCGGCGCAUCAGCCAUCGCGUCCUCGUCCUCCUUGUCCUCUGCCUCCUCUGCGUCCACGCUGCCCACGGCGGCUGCCUCGGCUGGGAUGACACUCCCGCAGGUCGUCCUCCCGUCCAUGUCCUCCACGGCCGCACUCGUUGCUGCAGGCGCGGCGGCAGAGAGUAGCGUCGCGGCCGCCAAUGCGUCCUUCUACCUCGCCUUCCAGCACACAGCCGCGCGCGUCACCGACAUGAUGAGCGAGGCCAAGCACUUGCAACGCGUUAUUGCAGUCCAGUCCGCUGUUACAGCUUACACGGAUGUGCUCGAGUGGGCGCAACGGAAUAGCCGCUUGUUCACAGUCCAUGGACUCGAUGCACUGACUCGGUUUUUGGACGCGCGCGCCAAGGAAGUCACCAUUGACUCUGACGGACUGGGCGCUGCAGUAGAAGCGAAUCAACAGGCGCACCAUCACCACCACGAACAAGAGCAGCAACACGAACACCAUCUACACCAACAGCACGAGCACCAUCUACAACAGCAGCACCUACGCCAUGAACACGAACAGCACCACGACCAGCAGGCACAGCAACACGCACAAAUGGGCUAUGCCAACUUGCAACCACAUCUCGGCAAUCCCAACAUAAUGGAAAUGAACCACCACCACAAUGCAAUGCUCGUCGGCGACGACAAUCAACACCAGCAAGGACACCAUCUCGCACAGCAAGAAUAUAUUCAAGACAUUCCUUCGAACGGCGUUCUCAGCACGGCUUACCAAUUGGCGCAGCACGAUUUGAAUGCACAUCAUUCCAGCGAUUUGAGCGCAAUGGCAAUCACACACAGCACCCCGCGUGCCAAUCACGACGGUAUCAAGCGCGGGUUUCUAUUGAUGGACGAAACCAACGCGCAAAAGGAUGGCUCAAUGUGGAUGAUGAACAAGCGUGAGUGUACAACCGAAUCGACUUCGUUGCACCAGUGUUGCCGAUCGACCAACACGAGCUUGACUCAGCUCGACUCAGUUCGUGUUGACGUCGGCGAUGUCGUGUGGAUGGGUGCUUCAUAUUCAUCACGGCAGCGUGAGCUAUUUGAAAUAGCCAAGUCUUCCAGUUGUGUCAUCCUCAGCAGCUCGGGGAUUACCGAUGAAGAUUCCUUGGUCGUUGCCGAGGGUCUCAAGGAGAACAACAAUCUGCAGGUGCUUACUCUGUAUGACAACCAGAUUGGCGAUGCAGGAGCACAGGCGAUCGGAUCUGCGCUUCGAAACAAGGCGAAUCUGUCAAUUCUUUAUUUGAGCCAAAACAAGAUCGGUGACGCUGGAGCUCGUGCCAUCGCUGAAGGCCUACAGACGUCGACUGCACUGACUGACUUGAGGAUGUCAGUCAAUCAAAUUGGCGACGCAGGAGCACGGGCGAUCGGAUCUGCGCUUCGAACCAAGGAGGACUUGUCAAUCCUCAACUUGAGCGAGAACAAGAUUAGUGACAUUGGAGCUUGUGCCAUCGCUAAAGGCCUGCAGACGUCGUCUGAGCUCACUGAGCUCUGGCUGUUCAAGAAUCAGAUUGGCGAUGCGGGAGCACAGGCGAUUGGAUCUGCACUUCGAAACAUGGCGAAUCUGUCUAUUCUCUAUUUGUGGGACAACCGGAUCUCUUCAAGUGUCGUUAAGGUUUUAUCCAACAAUCUUCCGGCAAAAUGCGAGUUCUGGGCCGAAAAUCAGCGCGUCCGCGUUCAACGUGCAAGCAUUCUCGCGAGUUCAUCUCGUGUCGCACCCACACCAGCUCCUCGAUCCAAUACUGCCAGCGCGCCUCUCGCUGCGUCUGAUCCGACGUCUGAGCAAGUUCGUCAACUCCAGGCGCGUAUUGCUCAACUGGAAUCCAAUACCAUUCCGCGAGUGUCGUUGCAAGUUCUGUCGCAAGCAACAGCGCAGUUUUCAGAGUCCAAGCGCAUCGGUGGCGGUGGAUUUGGCAAAGUCUACUCUGGUGUGUGGAGCGGUCAGCGAGUUGCCGUCAAACGGUUGGCAGCGGAUUCAAUUCAAGGUGCCCCUCAGUUCGAGGCCGAGCUCAAAGCUCUGUCACGUUUCCGUCACCCGAACAUUGUCACCAUUAUGUGUUUUGCGCAGGAAGGCAAGGAGCGCUGCUUGACUGCGAUUCCGCGUCAGCCGCUGUUCCACCUGGAUCUCAAGACAGACAAUGUACUGCUGGACGCUCAUUUCAACGCAAAGGUCGCCGAUUUCGGUCUGACUCGCUCCAUACCAGCUCAAGUGGAUGCUCACAGCUACAUCAAAACGAAAACAAUUGCAGGAACAUACCAGUACAUCUGCCCACAGUACCACCAGGACGGCAAGGUUUCCAUCAAGACAGACGUGUACUCGUAUGGCAUGAUUCUGCUUGAGCUGCUGACUGGACAGCCACCCAGCCUCGACCUGAUCGCCAAUGUUCGACGCGAGCUGAAACGGAGCCGUAAAAUCGAUGCAGUGCUUGACAAGGCAAUUGAUUGGAGCCCUCAAGACAAAGAAUCGGCGCAUGCCAUGGCAGAGCUUGCGGAGGAUUGCCUCCAACUCGCACGAGUUGAUCGACCGUCGUUCCGCGACAUUCUGACACAGCUAAGCCAAUUUGUCGAUCAGGGCAGCGCGCAUGCUCAUGCUACAAUGCCUCAGGAACCCAGGAUGGAGCAUCACCAUAGUAGCAUCGAAGAGCAGUUGCAACCUCAUCUGGAUUCGGAUCUCGUUCGUUCUCGAAUGGAGCAGCAGCAGCAGCACGCACAAUCUGCAGAGGUCAGCGCUGAAUCAAUCUCACGACUGAGUCAUCCUCACAGCGCCAUCAAGGAGCAACUAUCUCCUAUGACAAAUUCGAUUGUCGUGAACGCCAGCAUGCAGUCGCAGCUAGACUCCGAAAACUGA